CGCUCGCCAUGGCCCUAACCACAGUCCGGCAGCCAAGAAAGCCUCCGCCGGAAACAACCAGCCACCGUCGACUGGAACUUUUCAAGUUUUCAGGCAACUACAAUGUAGGAGAUGCAUAUUGUUUGAAGCUGUCUUGACAGAAAAAAUGAUGGCACUCUUCAUUUUGAUUAUUAGUAAGGUUGUGUGAUGGAAGUAUCAUAGUUCUACUUGCCCUGCAUCACCAAAGCGCGUGACCACAUGGGCAUCUUUGUCUUGGGUCAAGUCAACCACUCUUUCUUUACGCGGUUGGGCCACAGCCUCUCUGCUUCUUUAUACUCACUGCAACAAUAAUGGAGGCACCCAUGUCAGAACCUCAGCCCCCACCCGUUAGUGCUCCUUCGAGUGUUCUUCCCUUCAAGUGGUGUGGUGUUCUUCUCCAGGUCAGAUCCAUAAACUCCAAGACGGUCAUCAGAAAUGGAGAGCGAGCAGAUUCUUGCGAGUUCAUUACCAAAAGACCUACCAGCGACCUUUAUGAAGGAAAUUACCAAUGAUUUCUCUCCUGACCAAGCACUUGGUGGAUCUGUUUUUGGAACAGUUUAUAAGGGGGUUCUUCCAGAUGGGGGCGGCAUGAUUGCUGUGAAGAGGCUUGCUGAAAACGCACUAGUGCACCUGGGCAUAUCAUUUAAAACUGAAGUUACAAACCUUAUGGCAAUUAAACACGAAAAUAUAGUAGAGCUGGUUCACUACUGCCAUGAAGCGCAGAAGAAAGUGGUUCAGCAUCAUGGAAGAUAUGUGAUUGUAGACGUGACCGAAAGCUGUCUUUGCUACAAAUAUCUACCGAACGGAAGUCUUAACAAGCAUCUUUAUGCAGACGCUACGUCAAUAAACUGGGGCACACGAUUCAAAAUAAUUAAGGGGAUCUGCCAGGGUUUGCAUUUCCUUCACAAAGAUUUGGUUGGUGGGCCCCUUAUUCAUAUGAAUCUUGUGCCUAACUCGAUAUGGUUGGAUGAUAACUGGGUGCCAAAGAUUGCCGAUUUUGCUCUUGCGAGGCUCUUUGGUCAAGAGCAGACCCGGAUGUACACCGUCAACGUCAAGGGAUAUAAUGGAUACAUAGCUCCCGAAUAUUUAUACAGAGGUGAAAUCUCCACCAUGUCAGACAUAUAUAGUUUAGGCAUGCUUAUUCUUGAGAUCACGACUGGAGAGAAGAACUGUGCAGUUUCUGAAGACAGAUCUGCAAGACUGUUUGUCGACAAUGUACAUCAAAAUUGGAAGACAAAUGAGCAAUUAAUAUACAAGUACCCAUCACUAGAUCCAAAUGGCCUCCAGCAAGUAAAAGCAUGCAUUGUAAUUGGGCUAAAGUGUGUGGAGGCUGAUCGGAACAGGAGGCCUUCCAUAACGGAUAUUGUUGAUAAGCUCAAUGGGAAGCGUGUACCAAUUUUUGAGCAGGCCUCCUCUUCGGAGAAUGCAUGAAACAUGGUCUUUCCAAGGAGAAAUCGAUCCCCAAGAUGAAGUGAAACCUGCUCUAUGAUCUGUUGAUGACAUGACUUUUCUUCAGAACUAAGAUCCUUCUAAAAAUUUAUCUCUUCCUGGCAACAAUGCCACAAUGUAUUAUUGAAGUACUUUUUCUCUCUGUUGCUCUCAUUACAAAGUAGAAUUUCUGUUCCUUCGCUGCAUGAAAGGAAUUGCCUUUUUUCCCUGGACAGAAUAUCAUAAACUUGUCACUGGAAAUUGUUACAGUAUAUUACAAAUGAAAUCUGGACAUACGUGAUCUGAUUGAAACGAA